AUGGAACCUGAAGAAUCACAGUCUACUGUAAAAACAGAAGAAAAUGCGGGGGUGUAUUUUGCGAUUGACAACGAAAGUCGCAAAGUUGACGAUUAUCCAACGGCACAAUCCUCAUCAUCACAAAUCAUGAGCUCUGAAAUGCAACGACCACAUGCCGAGAUGGAAAUCGAUGAUAAUGAAAAUCAAGGAUACGAGUCUGGAGAAACCCUUCAUGAACAACAAACUUCGUCCACAUCUUUAUCCACCAAAAGACGACGCGCAGAAAAGGCCAAGCAAAUGUCCAAGAAAUCUCUUGAUGAGAUACCUCAGGCUCGCAAUGCUAUGAAGAGAACUAUGGAGAAGUCGCAAACAAACGAAGUCGAUCAGGUCCGCGAAUAA